AUGUCCAUGUUCACCAUGUCUCAACAUCAAUACACCUACCCGGCUGCUGCCCCGGCACCCAGGGCCUAUUCAGGUCACGGCACAAGCAGCGCAUUCAGUAGCUCUGCCAAUCCGGACGAGGACUGGACCAAGAUCUCCGAUCUCGCUGAACGCCGGCGGAUCCAGAAUCGCAUCGCUCAGCGCAACUAUCGCAAGAAGCUCAAGAGACGCCUCGAGGACCUCGAGAGACGCGCAGGACAGGAAGGCCCGACCGUCACCACUGAGAAGCAAACGCAGCCAAAGAGUGCCAAGCGCCAGUCGCAAUCCUCCACCAAGACGCAAAAGACGCCGGUUCCAACCAAGACCAUGAACCAGGGCCAAUUUACGCCCCCAAUGCACACCGAUGACGAGCUUCUCUUCGCGCAAACUUACGAGGACGGUCGUGAAAGAUCAAACACUCCUCCUCUUUUCGCCUAUUCGACUUACCCUCCCCCUGAAGAGAUGCUCCUGGCUCCUUCGUACACAACUCAGCCUUACCCCAUGACAACUGCAGAGGUCUACCCGAGUUACCUGGCCGCAGCGGUGCCGGUAACGCUACCCCCAAUGAACCAUUUUAACGAUGCCAUCAAGCGCGAAUCCUACUCCAGCGACGAUGGCCUCUCCCCCUACGUGAACUACGGCUAUAUUUCCGGCGUCGACAUGAAUGCAACUGGCUCCUACGACCCCUCGAACCCUCAUUUCAGAGCGACCGCAAUGGCACCGGACUGGAAGUUGCUAUACCUCUAUGGAGGCGACAGUCCCUGGGAUUCCAGUCUCUGGACUGAUUCUGACGACCGAGUCCGCGGCGGCAAGAGCCAGUCUCACAUGCACUGUGAAUCGCCGGAGAAAGCUCGAUUUUUUGGGCACCUAGACAUCACCACCCUCGGAGCAGCUGGAUUCGCGUCUCAGAGGACUCUUGGUACACUCCAUCUGGAUUUGAGGCAGUAUGAUGGUUUCGUCAUCAGAAUUCUCGAGAGCGACUCCAAAAAGUACACUCUUACUGUCAAAGACGAGAUUCUGCCUCCCAGGGACGAUGGCCGCGACCAGAGCACAAUCAGCUGGGAGUACGACUUCGUCUGUGAUCCUGGCGACGUGAAAAUCCUCUGGAGCGACUUCAAACCCACAUACAGGGGCAAACCCAAGCCUGACGCCAAGCCGCUGGACCUAUCCAAUAUCAAGAGAAUCAGUUUCAUGAUGCGAAGGUAA